CCCACUGGGUGACAUGUCAUUUCUAUAAACUCUUGUGAACAUGGUACCGCUCUAGUACCAGAUUCUGCUGCUGCCACGAUGCCCUGUUUGGGCCAUCAUCUCUCUUAUCAGUCUUGAUGCCAUCACAGACAGCGAGCUACAAAUUCUGCAAGCUGGAGUCUGAUCCAUCUGGAGGAUGGGGAACGUGAUGCGAGGUAUGAGUACUGAGAGCAAGGUGAACACCGAAAACCUUGACGCCUCUCUAAAGGGUACAGAGGAGGACAUGGUGGUGGUGCUCCAGGACUACCCUUCUCCCGAAAUCAGCGAGCCGAUCUACAGAAUGGGGGAAAAGCUCAAAGUUGUCGCCCAGGAGGCUAAUUGGUGGAGAGUGCGCUCUCUGCAAACAGGGAAGGAGAACUACAUACCAGGCAGCCACAUAGCAAGAGUGUAUCAUGGUUGGCUGUUUGAAGGAGUAGAGAGGCAGAAGGCGGAAGAACUGCUUCUUCUCCCGGUGAACAGAGUGGGUUCUUUCCUGGUCCGAGAAAGCACUAGGGAGAGAGGUCUGUAUUCGCUCUCAGUGAGGCACAGGAGUAUAAAGCACUAUCGUAUCUUCAGACUUGACAACAGCUGGUACUACAUCUCCCCACGUCUCACUUUCCAGUGCCUUGAAGAUAUGAUCAAUCAUUAUUCUGAUUCUGCAGAUGGGUUAUGCUGCGUGCUAACUUCACCCUGCCUGUCGGGCACAUCUCAGCCACCAGAUGCAAGUCUUGGAGCUCCAGCUGUAGUCAUGCGGCGCAACUUUGACUGGAAGAAAGUGGACAGGAAACAGCUGGUCAACACAGAGUCCUGCAAUGACAACAUGGUGAGCUAUGGAGUCAGGAACAGCAUCGCUGCCUACCUGUCCUUUGCCGGCGAUCAAGACCCAUCACGGAUGAAAUCAGAUAACAGGAAGAAGAAAAGCAAAUCACUAUAUGUGGUUCCUGAACAUGGCCUUCCAAACACUGACUAUGAUGAGGACUUCUAGAGGCAAAAGACCGGACUAUUUUUAAGUCGAGGCCAGUGAACAAUUUCCUCUGUAAUCUACUACACAUCCCUUAAUAUCAACAGAGAACUGUACUGAGCCGAAACGAUUAUCCCAAACAUCGAAGCGUUUCAUUGUUUCUACUUUGAGCACUUUGAAGUACCUUUAACAAUAACGCAAAUUGCAUGACCACUUACACUUUGACGCUGAUGAAAAAGAAACUAUGAGGAAUUGAACUGGAUGACUGUGCAAUUGAAAUGCAAUGUUAUGCUCAAAUAUAGGGCCAAAAACAAAGCUUGGCAUUAUGAUGUCAUAAGUGAUGUGAAAAUGAUUAUAUUUAUGUCUACAUGGCUUUUAGUGUCUUUCAAACUAUUUUAAGUUUUAUUAUUAAUGGUUAAAUGUCAUAUUGCAUCACAAACUCAAACCAUUUGAAUUUUGGGGGCUAAAUUGUUCAAGUCAUAAAGUUGACAUGAUGAGUGUGCCAGUAAACAGUGACUCACACACACAGAUAUUGGGGGAAAUUAGCAAAUUGUGGAUUCCCCUUAUUGUUUCCAUUCUGCGAUUUAUAGUUUAAUAUUCACUCUCACUAAGAGAUUCACUACAUGCAAAACAUAAUUUGUAGAAACAAGCCUGUGUUACAGUUAUCACCAGACAACCUCAAAUUAAUGGCCAUCAUUGUGGUAUGAGACACUGAGAGAGAGUGAGACUAUGCGUAUGGACAGGGGUUUUAAAGAAUAUGAUGCAGUUUGGUAAUUUGAGUGAACUGGCCCUUUAAAUAUCCCAGCGGAGGAGGAAAUUAAUCACUUCUGUGAAGCAUGUAUAAUCCCACAGCACAAUAAUGCCUCAAAUAGUUUAUUAAUAAUAUCUGCUGUGUGUUGUUCACAAAAUAGUUUUUCCCCCCUUCUUCUUGUUAGUUUAUUAAUGUUUCCUAAACACUGAAAUGUUUGUUUCUGUGUAAUAAUUUAUCUGUCUUUGGCGACUUGUGAUUCAACAAGCCUUGUAACAGUUUUCAGUGUUGCUAGUCUACUAACCAGCACAGAAAAGUGCAUGUGAAACGGGCUCCUGUAAAUACUGUAUAUAAUUAAUAUGCACCCGUCAUCAUGUUUCAUGUAUUAAUCAAUUACUGAAUGAGUGUUACAGUAAAAUUCUAAUGCUUUGA